CUGCUGACUGGCUAGUUAGACUAGAGCCGUAUGUUAUAGAAUGGGAGACAGCAAACACAAAUCUAUGGCACGAGAAUCACAAUUUCGAUCUCGAUGAAUUCAAUCUCUAUUUGCGGCGCUACAUGACCGGAACACGGUUACGCAUUGUUGAGUACUCCCACCCAGAGGAGAUAUCGGAUCCUACUCCGUCGGAUAUGUACCCGAGCUAUGAUACUUCCGGCUCUAGGCAGUACGCGGCUACCUUGACACGCGAACUCUACGACGACGUGACCACCUUUGGACGAUCACUAUCGUCUGGACCUCUUCUUCAGCAUCGUCCAGUGGUACAGCCCUUCUUGGAAAGAAUUCAGAAUAAGAUACGGACUGUGUACGAGGCUAUCACGUGCACCCGGAGAACCGAUGUUGUUCAGCACCAGCAGGAGCAGCCGCGUCACUCCAUGCACCGACAUCAACCACGUCCACGUCUAGCACCUCAGCCGACAGCCAGGCCACCCCGUCCUGACCAACCUGGCAGUUCUACGUGGCACCCGCAGCACUAUGGUCCCACGUCGAGCUUCGUGUUUUCUCCACAGCCACAGCAACAUGGUCCCUCGUCGAGCUUCGUGUUUUCUCCACAGCCACAGCAGCACGGUCCCUCGUCCAGUUUCGUGUUUGAGCCAGAGCAGACGUCACACCCAGCAGGAGCCUAUGGAUAUCAGGCGUCUAUGUCGGCAUCACAUGAUACGUGGGGGAGUGAUCAACAUCCCGAGGACAACAUACAGGCUCAGAUGUCGCAGCACACCCAGUGGAUGAACAUGUUUUCGACUCCUCCACCAGGCCCCACACAGGAUACACAGCAUGACCAGGGAGAGUCUGAGAUUCCUCCUCGUCACGUUAGGGCACCCGACAGGUUGGGAUGGUCCCCGAUUCCAGAUCCGCCUCCCCGCCAGGCCAGACGUCGUCACUGACGCUUCUAUGUAUCUGUAUCAGUAGAGACAUUACCAUCUAUUUCUGUGUAAGACUUAUGUCUAUUCUAUGUAUGAGACAAAUGAC